AUGUUCAUCUCCUCGGCCGGCACCUACGGCGCUGGGGGCGACCUCCAUGCCGCCGUCUUUCCGGGCCUGCACGAGCACCCCGCCGGCACCUCCGGCGGGCAUCACCCGCUCAACGGCCAGAUGCGCUUGGGGUUGGCCGUGGCUGCCGCCGCCGCCGCCGCCGCGGAGUUUUACGGCCGCAUCGAGCCCUUCCGCCCUUCGCCCGCCGGCUCCGAAGCGUCCUACGGCCCUGCGCCGCACGGCUAUCCGGUCAACUUAGCGGCCGCCGCCGCCGCCGCUUUGCAGCAGCAGCAGCAGCAACAGCACCACCACUCGCACCCGCCUGCACAUGCGCAUCACGCGUCGCCGCCGCCGCCGCCGUCCCACGCGGGCGCUGCCGCCGCCGCCGCCGCCUUCCUUCGCUACAUGCGGCAGCCCAUCAAGCAAGAACUGAUCUGCAAGUGGCUGGAGGCUGAGGCGGGCGGCGGCGGCGGCGGCCGCCCUCCACCCUGCUCCAAGACCUACAGCACCAUGCACGAGCUGGUCAACCACGUCACGGUGGAGCACGUCGGGGGGCCUGAGCAGAGCAGCCACGUGUGUUUCUGGGAGGAGUGUCCCCGCCAAGGGAAGCCCUUCAAGGCCAAGUACAAGCUCAUCAACCACAUCCGCGUGCACACGGGCGAGAAGCCCUUCCCCUGCCCCUUCCCGGGAUGCGGCAAGGUCUUCGCCCGCUCCGAGAACCUCAAGAUCCACAAAAGGACGCACACAGGGGAGAAGCCUUUUAAAUGCGAGUUUGAUGGCUGCGACCGGAAGUUUGCCAAUAGCAGUGACAGAAAGAAACACUCCCAUGUCCACACCAGCGACAAGCCAUACUUCUGCAAAGUCAGAGGCUGUGAUAAGUCCUACACCCACCCAAGCUCUUUGCGAAAACACAUGAAGAUCCACUGCAAAUCCCCACCACCUUCUCCUCCCCCAGGAUCUCACGGGUACCAGCCUGUGGGGACAGCUCUGGGUGCCCCUCUUUCCCCACUUCAGGACUCAUCAGGAAGGGGCCAGCCUACCAGCCUUUCUCCUCAGGUCACCAACCUCAACGAAUGGUACGUUUGCCAGGCCAGUGGGGCGGCCAACCACCUCCAUGCCCCAUCCAGUAAUGCCACCUCUUCUGAGGAGGAGGAGGAAGAGGAGGAGGAAGAGACCUACAGGAACUCUGAGUCAAGGACUAUUCAUUAG